AUGCCUUCGUCUACUCGUCUCAUUGACAAAGUGCCGGAUCCAUCGGAACCCGUGGAAAUGGUGGUUCUCCUCCUGGGAAUGCCCCGAACAGGCACCAUCUCUAUGCGUGCCGCCUUUGAAAUCCUGGGCUACAAGCCUUUCCACGGACGGAUGAUGGACAAAAAACCUGAAUUACUUCCGCUGUGGGUCGAAGCCUUGCAAGCCAAAUACCUUGAGACAUGCGAGGUCUAUGGCCGCAAAGAGUACGACAAACUCUUCGCUGGUUGGAACGUCUCGUGCAACAUCCCCGGGUCGUUGGUUGCGGAGGACCUCAUCAAGGCGUAUCCGAAUGCCAAGGUCGUCCUCAGCACUCGCGACGUCGAUAAAUGGAUGCUUUCCAUGAAGGAGUCGGUCGAUUUGGCGAUCAAGUGGAAGUCGUUUGACUGGUUGGCUCCGUUUGAGCCGCGCGUCAUAGGCCAAUGGUGGAGAUAUCACAAGUUCCAGCACUCGCUGCGCCCUAUCCUCGCUCCCAACGGCGAGCGUCAGGCGUAUCUUGAUCACUACGACCGAAUCAACCGUCUCGUGCCUCCGGAGCGACUGCUGAAUUUCAACGUGGCCGAGGGAUGGGAGCCCCUGUGCAAAUUUCUCGGCAAGGAAAUCCCCGCCACUCCAUUCCCCAAUGUCAAUAAUACCAACCAGUUUCUCGCCGAACGUAGGCGCCGCUGGUGGAGCAUCCUGACCAUAAUGCUGGUGAAGGUCUCUGUGCCGCUGGUGGCUGUCGCUGCGGCGUCCUGGUGGCUUUGGAGUAGAAAAGUAUGGCUGGAGUGGUCCAUUCAGUAG